AUGUUGGGCAAAUUAACCAAGAAACUUCAACCCGUCAAAUUUGUCUUCAAUUUUUCAAUCGAUUAUCUCUUUGUGGAGACAAUGGGUAACAACACUACUGUCAUUGAUGAGAAUAUGUAUUCGAUUCAAUGGAAACGAGGUAGAAAACGAAAAGGAGAAACUGAAUUUCUUCAUCCUCCUCCAGGAUCCAAACAAACCACAAAAAUUAAAGUAAUUUUCAAUCGAGCGUUCCGAUUCGGAGGAACUCUCUAUAAGAAUGAAAAGAAGAAUGAAUGGCAAAAGAAGGAAAUGUUAAUAACGUUGGAAGAGGUGGCAUCCAAGGAUGUUCCAUUGGCAAAACAAUGGAAUCAAUAUUUACAGCAAGAGAAACAAGAAAAAGCUUCUAAAAAAAAGGAAGAAAAGAAACCUAAUUUCCAGACCACCACUUUAGCAAAACAUGCUCUAGAUUUGUCAGAGUUUGUGAAUGAGACUCAAGAAACAACAAUCACAAAGGAAUUAUUGCUAGCACCUGAAUCAAAAAAGAAUUCUGGGGUGAAGAUUCUUGUGAAACUUGUGAUGAAUUGUAAAUGUCUGAAAGAUGUUUCACCAGGUGACGAGGAUUUUGAAAAUGUUAGUACUUAUUCAGGAACCUACAAGGAAGGACAACAAGAGGAUGACGAUGAAAAAUCUGAAGAUGAAGAUGACAUCAUUGAAGCAGAACGCGACUUUGAAAGUACCUUAAUCAAGAAUAGUAGUUUAUAUUCUUCUGUGUCAACAGCACAAACUCUAAAAUCUAAUGUUUCAAGUGAGAAUCAUGAAGAACCACUGUCACAACAUGAAACAAAAAGCAAUGCUCCAACGGUUGGGUCAUCAAUCAGUCCUAGAGAGGUACCUCCUGUCACUUUGAAUGACCGAGGUGCUUCAUUAGACGCUCUCCGAUUGAGAGAAAUUGAAGAAAAGUUCCAUUAUGUGAGGAUGGAAAAUGAACAGUUGAAGAUUAAUUUAGAAACCACUCAGGAGGCAGCUCAACAAGCAGAGUCGAAACUCUUUGAAAUUCAGUUAAAGAUGCAAAUGGUUCAAUCAAAAGCAGAUAAGGAAAUCAAACAAGUCGAAGAAAAAAUCAAAGAGGCAGAAAAACAAUACAAAACUAAGGAACAAGACAUGAUACAUCAACACGAAACUGAAACUGAACGAUUGAAAUCUGAAAUGGAAAGAGUUAAAAACGAAAUGACAAAACGAAAUAAUGAUUUACAAAAUGAGAAGGAUAAAUUGGAGAAGAACCUUAAAGCAGAGAUUGAUCGAUUGAAUCUCGAGUUGAAGCAAGCGAACGAAAGAUUCAGUUCGAACAUGUCAUCUUCUCAGAGUUCUUUCCAACAAGAAAUUCAAAAACUCAAAACUGAAAUUUCAGAACUCAACAAAAAGAAGGAAGCAGAACAAAUUGAAUUGCAAAAACAAAUUAGCGAAAUUAACUCUCAAAAGAGUUUGAUUGAAGCCAAAAAGUUAGAACUUGAAAAGAAUUUGAGUGAGGUGACAAAGAAAUUCCUUCAACUUGAAAACGAGUACAAGGAUCGACAACAAGAAAUCCACAACUUGUCACAAAAGCUAGAGAAAGAAAUUAAAGAGAAGGAGAACAUCACAAAUACUCUCAACAAUGAGAAGAAACUAUUGAACAUUGAGAUUGAAGAAUUGAAGGUUAAAUUUUCAGAGACUGAAAUGAAGGGCUCCCUUCAAAGCAGUGAAAAUUCCAAACUUCUCGAAACUCUGAAAAAUGAAAGAGAAACUCUCAAUUCCAAGCUCACCUCACUCCAACAAGACUUACAGAAAACCGAAAUCCAAAAAUCUGAUCUGACUUUCCAACUCAAAAAGUCAGAGGAAACUCUUCAAGACAAGGAAGAUGAAAUCAAGAAACUCAAAUCAGAACUCGAAAAAGCAAAGAAUGAAGGAUCAGCAUCUCUCGAAUCUGCCAACACCAAAAUUAAUCAUCUUAACAUUGAUUUGGAAAAUUUGAAGAAACAAGAAGAGCAACUCUCUCAAAGUAUUUCUCAACUAAAUUCACAAAUCGUUCAAUUCAAGAAUGAUGUGGCAGAGAAGGAUCGUUUGAUUCAAGAAAUUAAUCAACGUUUGCAAAACCAGGAAAAUCAAAUUUCACAGCUCAAACAAGAAAUUAGUGAAUUGAACCAAACCAUUCACAAUCUUGAAAAUGCACUUGCUGAAAAGGAGAAUGCUUUGAGUCAGGAAAUUGAAAAAUCUAAAGAAACAAAUUCCAAGUUGACCUCUGCAUUAGUAUCAAUCAAAAACUUGGAAAAUGAAAUUGAAGAAAAAUGUGAAAGAAUUGAAGAAUUAGAAAAUCAAAUUAGCCAACUCAAAGAAUCUUCAACAAGCACUGGAAAAGAACUUCAAGACCAACUCAACGAAAAGGACGAAAAAAUCCUCGAAUUGCAAAAUGAAAUUUCUAAAUUCAAAUCACUCAAAAAGAAAAUUGAAGAAAAGUUAAAGAAUUUAGAACAAGAAAAUCAAACAUUACAAGAUGAGAAUAAUGAACUCAAUCAUCUCAUUGAACAGUGUUCCAAACGAAUCGAAGACAAAGACAAACAAAUGAAAAAAUUGGAAGAAUCGCACAAGAAAGCUCUCGAAAAUGCAGAAAACAAAAUUUCACAAGAACGACUUGUUGUUGAGAGAGAGUUAGAGAAAACAAAAAUCGAAUUGAUUGCCAAUCAAUACUCCCAUUUAGAACAUUUCAUUCUCGAUCGAACUGUACUUAACAGUCAAACGAAUGACUUUCUGGUUCUCGACAACUUGUCAAAGAUUUAUUUCAAGAACAUUGUUGUGAAGGAAUUUUUGAGCGAGAUUUAUCCGACUCCUGCCAAAAUUCUUCUCAAAUGUAUUCUUCAAUGGAAUCCAGAAGAAGUUAAAACUGCCACACUCGAUUCUAAAAUUAUUCUUGGAAAGACCUUUGGAAUUAAUUUAUUAAUUUCUUUGAAUUACUUGUUGGAACGAUUCAAAACAACACGAAACAAACCAAAUAACUUUUCUGCAGGUGCUAACGAGAGUGGUGAAUUAGAAAAUUCGACCUGUUUAAUACUAUUCUGGAUUCAUACUCUCUACCGAUUGAUUCAUGAUUUGGAAUUGAAGAGAAAAACAAAUUUCUCACCAAUUUUUGAACAAGUGACACAAAAACUCAUCAAAAUUGAACCAGCAUUAUUAAUUGGAGAGGAUGUUCCAACCUCUAAAUUUGUUUCCAUGCCCUAUUUGGUCAAUUAUUAUGAUUGUGAGAAAGUGACCAACGAAUCCCUCAUUGUCACAAGCAUUGAUUCAUUGGUGAUGAGACUUUCUGAAAUUUUGGUACAAAUGUAUGCGGAAUUCUUUAGACAUGUCAUUAUUCGUUUGAGACCUUAUCUCAUUAAGGCAAUUUUCAAUAGCAAGUUGACAACAUCGAAAUCCACAGAUGGAGGACUCGACACUCGAUUAUUGCAACAAUUUUUGAAUCGAAUUUUCGACACAUUCAAACAACUUCGAAUCGAGCCAAGAAUUACUCAACACUUCUUCUCGAAUCUUGCCAAAUUGAGCGAUGCCGUUAUUUUCAAUCACUUUCUUGUGAAAGAAACCAUUGGAGCCAAUGUUGCCUUAACUGUGAAAAUGGGACUUGUCUUUCUCGAAAAUUGGUUUCACUCCAAAAACAUUGCUGACAUUGAACUCAUUCAACAAUUAAUUUCCUUCCACUAUUCACGAGAAUUGAGUGAUGUUUGCAUUUUAGGUCAAAAACAAGUAUUGAGUGAUGAUUCCUUACGAAGUGCUGUCUGCCCACACAUUUCCAAACAUCAUCUUGUGUAUAUUUUCAAUCAUUUGACAUUGGAUUCUGAAUUCAAGUUGACCAAUGACUCUUCCACGACGACUGUUAUUCCAGAGACAAGUCAAUCUCCUACAAGCAGCAACGGUCGAUCUCCGACUCCCAAUAGUAGUCUUGGUCUUUCACACUCUUCGAGUGUUGACAAUUUGGAAACUUCGUCACAACCUCAAACACCAAAGAGAAAUCCUUUACAAAUUUCUCUCUCCUCUUCACAAAUUUUGACAGGUGGCACUUCUCCUUCCUCUGCUCGACGAACUUCUUUUAAGGGAACUCUUCUUGCAUCAUCAUUGGAUUUAGAAAAACGUUUAGAGGGAAUUAUCGUCGUGCCAGAAAUUGAACUUUUCAAAUAUGCCGAACGAGAAAGUUACGGAGUGGAUCCUUCUUCGUUUUAUGGCGUUUUGGGGCCUCUCUCCAGUAUGAUGAUUCGUUCUUCAUCCUCUAAAUCAAAUCUGGAUAAGGAUUCUCCUCGUUACAAGCUAAAUAAGGAAUUGGAAAAUGUUCAACAGCAAAAGGAACACAGUUUCACACUCGCUGAAAACAAAUUUUUAUUUUACUUUAGUGGAGUUCCAGAAACACAAGCAUCGACCAAUUUUAUUCUUGAAGAAUGGCUUUUUUCAGUCAUUUCCAAUUAUGGAGGAAAACGAGAAGCUGGUGUUGAGGGAAUUGUGAAAAUUCCACGUGAACGAAUUUUCAGUCAGUGUGUGAAUGUGUUUCAAACAAAUCCUCCCACACUCGUGGUGUCGAAUCAAGAACAAGGUACACCCACGAGUGCUCGAAAAGGAAAUUCUUCAGUACCACCUCAAAAGAAGAAGACAUUUAAUUUUGAAGAUGAAUUGGCAUUUUUAUUUGAGUGA